CCCAGUCCCACCCAUUUCUACCCCUUGUUUUGCCACACGCAAACUCGGCGAUCUUCCGUCUUUUUGACGGGAAUAGACAGCCCCUUCCCAAUUCGUAGCCACCAAAAACGCGCCGUUCACGAACCAGCCGCGACCAGUGCGGACGGGAACGCGCCGACUUUGAGGGUUAGCCUACCCGACAAUUUCCAAGCGGACAAGAGCCCCUUGAUUCUUACCAUAUUCUUAUCAAAUAACGCAUCAAAUAUAUAUAUAAUUCGAAUAACCAUCUAUUCUUUCAUUUGAAUCAUCCUCCAAAUAGCUUUAGAAUAGCUUGUGGUGGCUUUCUUUGUAACUGAACAUGAUCAGUACCAAGCAGCGCCAGCAGCUGGACGUGCUCGAGCUGCACUUGGACGAAGAGAACCGCGUAAUUAUUUGCAAGCUCUGUCAAUUUGCCAUAAAGCCAGCAGGAAAUCGAGUAACACGGCAUCUAGCUGACAAGCAUGGCAUCUCUCGCCACGCCCGAGUUGGGCUACGCAAGAUUCUCACGAUAUUGGAGCUGCCAGACCCAGCAAAGCUGCCACCACGACCGGACGGAUCGCCGCUGCACCCAUAUCUUGAGCGACGCACAUGUCUAUGCUGUAAGCUCUGUGCUUUCAAGACAACUAGCUUGGAUCUUAUCAGCCGUCAUAUCCCAAAGACCCAUGCUGAAAUAUGCCGACCGGGCCGUACGGGGGUCUGGAUCCGCGACUACAUCGACAGCACCAGCAGCUUCCAGAGCUGGCAGGCCAACGACAUCAUGAACGCAUGGCGCAUUGAUGUUCCCGUCGCGCCCAAUAGCGAGGGAGCAGGUCUGCAGAGGCUAGCUGCAAAAGGCACAGAACCAGACAUGGUCGAUCCACGCGAAGCGCUCAUCAAGCGCAUUCGAGAGCAGGAAAUAAGAGCAUCGUCAGGUAUUGGAGAGAACAGCGAGGCUGAUCCCGCGCUGUCGCAACCGGCGCUCAUGACAAAUUGGAUGCGCCGCACAAGAUGGCACCAGACGUUCUUGGAGGCGGAUCGUCCUGCGCUUGUUGCGCUCUCGGCGCUGCCGCACCCAUACCAGCAUCAACGGCCACUGCGCAUACAGCUAAGCAACGGUAUGACACUAGACAGCGCAGUGCGAGAUGAGAUGACACUGCGUGCCAUAAUGAGCGCCGUGGAUCGGCUGAUGGACCGGGCUGGCGACACGAUCCGGAACACAGACGUCGCAAUUCGCCGCUGGCUACGUGGGCGUUUCCCAGAGAGGCCCUACAAGGCGCCGUUUGAGCUAGUCAGCAGCAGCCACUCAGAAAAGCAGUAUCAGCGCUUGCUUAAGCGCUGCAUCUGCAUUUGGGUCCGUCUCUGGAAUAUGCCGCCGUCUGUAGCACAAUUAGUCGCCGGCCGCACGCUCACAUCAGAGCAGCGCUAUGCAUUGCAGACGCUUUGGUGUGAUGCCAACUGGGAAGAGGAAAACAUAGAUGGUGAUGUCUCUAUGGAGGACAACGAGAGCGAGGGGAGCGAGGAGGAGAGUGAGGAGGAGAGCGAGGCUGAGUUCGAAAGUGGCGAUGACGACGAUAGCGUAUGCGGCAGCGACAAUGCAAGCGAUAUCUAGAGCUUCUAAACCAGCAACAAAUUGCUAGCAGCAAGUCAAAGCAGCAUAGACUACACCAAUAAAGCAGAUAUAGAUCAACACAGCGAGGCUGCAGACUCAGAGGCACAGCAGGAUGAGCAAGUCGAUGCGAUGCUGACAUUCUGUCUCUAAAUGAUAAGAGAGGAAUUCAAUGAUGGGAAAGCAAAUUCGACAAUGCUUGGAUUCUUCAGCGCAAUCUGCGGUCUCUCUCUGCCAGAUGGAAAGGAAUAUCUGCGCCCAGCCAAGUUUAAAACACACAUCUCUGGGCUUAUAUACUGCAUUCGAUUAGUCGCCAUCGAGGCAACACUGCCGCUGACAGCAUACAAAUCAAUCCAUAUCGCAGCGCGUCCCCGAACAGGCCACUUACCGCUACUGCAGACCAUACGGCAGCCCUAUCUUUGCGAUGGUACCAUGUCACCCAUGGGCGAGCUUCUCAGCCUUCUUGCCUUUGGGUAUGCCCAUCGACGCGCAGAAGGCCCAAGCUUUAUAUUUGAAUGGAGCGAUGAUAAUGAAGUCAUCUCAUGGGAUCAUAACCAUAUGCUAUCUAUGACCGUAUUCCGAGGCUUUAUACAAGGCUUGCUCUCCCAGGCUGAAGUAUUGUCGGACAAGCUGAUGUAUGGAUGGGAGCCGCCACUCUUAGAUCUUUGCGGCAUUCGAGACCGGAUGUCAAACAGAUCUAUUGGCUAUUCAUUUGUUACUGACCCAGCAAAUGGGCUGCAGCAUGCAUAUCUCGAAGUCUUCCGAGCUGGAAGUUUAUGUCCAUUUGAUCCAUUGCUCCAAAAAGACCAAGGGGCCAAAAAGAGCGGAGAAUGGAGUACAAGGGCCGCAGCACAGUAUAUUGAACAGCAUGACAGCUAUUUACUACAGCUGAUGUUACUGAUUAACUUGUGUGGCGGUCAAUGGUGCCGUAUAUCAGAGUUAUUAACUAUUGAGCGAACUAAUACUGCAAGUCGGCUGCGUGGUAUUAGCUUCUACAAGGGUAAACUAGCUACAAUUAUACGGUAUAGCAAAACGCGGACAACAACCAAUAACGAGUUCCAAGUUGCUCGCUUCUUGCCAAACCGUCUUACUGUGCUGGUAUAUAACUAUCUUGUAUAUAUCUAUCGAGUUGCUACCAUGAUACAAAGACAAUGCUUACAUGCACCAGAAAGUAACAGCAGCUUACUAUUCCAGCCAUUAUCAAGAAAACGCCCAUGGACCGUGGCAGCAUUCUCCAAAGAGCUCCAGCACUACACAAGCAAGUGCAAAACGAUUGGAUUCCCUAUCGGCGCACGGCUUCUUCGGCAACUCUCGAUUGCUAUUACAAGCCAACAUAUCCCAGAUGCCAACUAUAGCUUUGAUCAAAGAGAAGAUAAAAUCAGCAGCACAAGUAUCAGCGCUGUAUAUGCAUGGCAGAGCGGGCAUAAGCCAACACAGCGACUGUCAACAUAUGGGCUGAAUGGAGCAUAUCCCGACCAACUACAGCCGGCGUUACUACAGGUCUAUCACCAUGUGUCACGACAAUGGCACAUGUUUCUAGACAUAGAUACAUAUAGUAUACCCAAACAAACAAAAACAGUCGCAGAAGAUACGAUACUAAGUACAGCAAUACCUGCUGUAUAUCACGCUAUGAAUACAAACAAUACGAACCUCAACGAAAAAACGCAAGUAGUAGAGUCUACAACCAGUAUAUCUACUAUAUCUUUACCGAUAUUACCAACUACAAAUACUGGCACUUCGCAUCAAAAUUCUACAGCAGUUAUCCCAGAGCAAAAUAUCUCGCUAGAGCCCCAACGUCAACAUAUCGGCCCAUUUAGCACCU